AUGUAUUGGGACACCAUCAAAGCUAAACUGAAGAAGAAAAAUGAAAUGACUAACAAUGAUGCAGCAGUCGAUGAGAUUGAUCAGCCGCUUGUGCAGAAGCUGAUGGAACGAGAUUACUUCAACGUUGUGCAAACAUUAGAGGCAGGGACUCCGAUGCUGUCGGUGGUUCCGCAUCAAUGGAUAAAAGGGAAGUUUCUGUUAUGGCCUGGGAAGAAUGCUAGCGUUAUAUGUAAAGAUGUUUCUUCGAAACCUACUGCUUCUUGGACAAAAAUUCCCUGUAUAGUUAAGAGGAAGUACAUUCCAACAUACGCUGAAGCGGAACAGGAGGCCGCUGAUUUAUCGGGAAUGUCCACAGAUGUAUCAGACUACAUACCGAAGAUAAAACAUGCAAAAAACGCCAAGACUGUUGCAUCCAGAAAGAGUUAUGAUUUUAAUCACCUCAUGGGUAAAUCCGGCUCAUGCUCUCCAUAUUUUCAUCAAGAUGCAUCCACACAAAAUCAACUAAAUCCUCCAGCUGCUGUCUCUCAGCCAUUAGACAGGCUUCGCCUCCAAUCUGAACCUACAAAACCGCCGCAGGACUUUCAAGAAGAAGUGAACCGACGAUCUUCUCAACAAUAUCAACAACCUCAGCCAAUCUUCGAAGUUAUCAAUCAAGAUAACCUUUUGCAGCAGAGCGCAAUGGAAGACAACCUUAUUUCCGGAGGAUACGUGCUGAAUAUUGAGCAGCCUGUGAUUAAUGACGAUAUAAUCGUACAGCAGAUUUCAAAAAAAAUUGAAGACGAAUGCAAGAAAACUAAAAACGAAAUGAUCAGUACGUUUGAAUCUAUGCUGGCGAAGACUGUAGCCGCAUUGAAAAGCGAUUUUGAUAUGAAAUUGGCAGCCGCGUUCCGUCUUCGAGAGAACCAGGAUAGAGUAUGUCAUGAAACGAAAUUGGCGAAACCUUUAGUCAUCUUCAUGCAAAAAAUCAUUGGUCAUACUGGAGACAACUGUAAUGGAUAUAACACAUGUUACUCUUUGAUUGACCAAUUCUUCGACCGCAAGAUCAUGUUGCAUUGCUCGUGGAGUGGGGGUAGCAAGAGCGAUACCCCUAAAUUUGCAAUAAAAGAAUGCAAAAACAUCCUGAACGUAUUUUUUAGAAUUGUUCAUAAUGUGAAUCCCAACUUUUCUAAAAAAUUGCUGGAGGAUGUUUUUAAACAAGUUUUGCGGAAUUCGAAAGCACGGAGUCAAGCAAAAGGCUUGCGUCAUUCAUCGAUCCAUCGCCGUGGCAAGCGGAUGGCGGAAAGGUCCAUUAAAAGUUCAAGCGAUCUUGAUAAAUCCAGCCUAUCAGAAGGCCAUUAUCCUAGUACAAAUAGAACAAAAGAAGAAAACGUCGAACAGGAAUCUGGGAACGUGAAAUAUGAAGAUGAUGGAGACACUGAUGACAACAAUUAUGGUGACGAUGAAAAUGACGGCAACGAUGAUAGUGAAGUUGACUGAUGACAAGAUGACAAGGAUAUCGCUUCUCGGCCUAAAGGCUAAGAUCAAAGAAAAGAUGACAAGGAUGAAAAUAAAGAAUAUAACGCUGCACGUUACGAACUGCCUAGGUAUUUUAUUUCUUUCCAUAAUUUACAUAUUAUUUGAAGCGCUUUUUUUAUUUAUCGUACAUAUAUAUAACUGUUUUUCCUUGUUUUAUGUAAUAAAAAUGUUUGCAGACUGUCUCACGAAAAAGUAUAUGAAUGUAAUAAGAUUGUGAUUUUUGAUAUAUUUCAUGAUAUUAUCCUGCACAAAUUGUAUGGAGAAGUGGAAGUAAUACAAUGGUGUUUUGUGUGUAAGGAACCGCUACGAAUUUGCAAGUAAUAUCGUUUAUGUUAUAUGUUUUACCUGAUUUCAAAAAUAAUUUUACUAGAAAAAUAUACAAAUAUGAUGAACGA